CUAACACCGGAUCCCCUCUACCAUUCCAGUCGCAAACGCUGGGAAGACAACUGGCACUCGAUUACGGAAUGUUGUUUAAGGUAUUGGUCACUUUCGUCGUCCUAACAGGUUGUUGUUGUUGGGCUUCUCGUAUCAAACGUCAGGAAGAUGGCGAAUUCUGGUGGUUAAAUAAAGAGAAACCUGUUGACGACGAGGCCUUGGUAGAGCCAAUUGCAGAGGCCAAAAGCAAUUCGCCCGACGAGAGCAAAAUUGCCAACAUCAAACAAGAGAGUUCAAUCGAUUCUACAGUAGUUGCUCAAAUUUUGAGUAGCGGGCCGGAAACAGCUGGCAAAUUCUCUCCUCAUCCAGGCGUUUGUGUCUGCGUACCGUAUUAUCUUUGCAACGAAGGUCAAAUUAUCACAGAUGGAGCAGGAAUUAUUGACAUACGCAAAAAACCACCCACAAGAAAUGUGACGAUAGAAGCCAAAUCUAUCAGAAAGCGGGACGUUCCCCCCGUGCCCAACGGACUGGUUGGAGGCAAUUGCCCCGGUUCGAUCGAAGUUUGUUGCAAAAUGCCUACACCUGAACCGAUACCGGAAAUCGUUCCAACCGUGCCAUUGGGUCCUAAAUACGUUUCAACCUGCGGUGUACGCAACGGUGAUGGCCUUAAUGUUCGCAUCACAAAUUUUAAAGACAACGAGUCACAGUAUGGAGAAUUCCCUUGGAUGGUUGCUAUCCUGCGGCCUACGGUUUCUGCAGCAGGCAAAACGAACGAUGUCUACCAAUGUGGUGGCUCAUUGAUUCACCCAUCCGUUGUACUCACGGCAGCUCAUUGUGUCGUCGGAAAAGACCCCAAGAGCCUCAAAAUCCGUGUAGGCGAAUGGGAUACCCAGUCAGCGUAUGAAUUUUUCCCGCAUCAGGACCGUCUUGUUGUCGACGCAGUUAUUCAUGAACAGUACUUCUCCGCAGCGCUAUUUAACGAUGUAGCUCUACUCUUCCUUGCAGAACCUGUAGACCUGGGACCCGAAGCCGACGUUGUCUGUAUUCCUCAACCAAAUCAAGUCUUCGAUGGAAGUCGCUGUUUUGCAACCGGUUGGGGAAAGGAUCAAUUCGGUCAAGCAGGAAAAUAUCAACAUGUUUUGAAGAAGAUCGAACUUCCAUUGGUUCCUCACCCUACAUGUGAGAGUAGUUUGCGCAAAACUAGGCUCGGACAGGCUUUUAAGCUUCAUGAAAGCUUCGUUUGUGCCGGUGGAGAACCCGGGAAAGAUACAUGCAAGGGGGAUGGAGGAUCACCCUUGGUUUGCCCCAUACCCGGUGAACGAAAGCCACCCCGCUACGUGCAAGUUGGAAUUGUGGCCUGGGGUAUUGGUUGCGGUGAAAAUGGUGUGCCUGGCGUUUACGCAUCUAUCCCACACGCGUCUUCCUGGAUCGCAGAUAAAAUUUCUAAACGCUUUAAUCUUGGCCCAGAUUACUUUCUCAAACAGUUACCUUCUUCUAUGGUAUGAUUUCCCUUAAGACUAAAAAUGCAGUACUAUAUAACUCAGAUCUACCAGUUCCAAAUACACCCAUGAUUUUGUCCACUAAAGAAAAAAUGGUUAUUUAUAGUCUUACCUCAAUUGGGGUAGGUCCAGUCAAAAGAUGUAGGGCAACAACAAUUGCAAAGCCACCAAAAGCAAUGAAGAUUGAUCCCAAAGCCAGCAACCACCAGCUGGUAAAACGAAACAUGCCAUUUUGCAUUCCUGUUUCAGAAUUGAUACACGAUUAAAUCU